ACAGUAUAAUGUUUUCAUUCUCGCUUCUCGCAAAUGUUCUGAUGUUUGAUUAGGACUGGUAUAUAUUACAUGCACCUUCUGUUUGAAUUUAUUAGUGGCAAAAUUGUUUUGUGCUUGUCUCUCUAAAUAUAUGCAUGCAUCCUUGAUAUUUACUUGAAAUACUUGAAUUUGAAGUCAUUGUAUUUAGGCUUCCAUUUUACAUAUAUUUUUGGGGUUGGUUUACUGAUUUUAACUAACGGAAAAUUUGAAUUGUAGUGUUCAACAUCCUGACCAGGGGACUCUCUGAUUCUUAUGCAAUCAUGGGACUCAUCCAAAGCCAUUCCUUGCCUCCUAUUGCUUUUCCUUUUGCUGUUCCCAGAUUAUCAGAAAACCUGUGCCCUUCAUUUUCUGGUUUGGUAAACUACAAUUAUCCAUGGGCCAUGAUCUAAGUCCUGAAUCCUUUCAUUUUCCCUUUCCCUAGAGGGUGUUGUGUGGGUUUGCAAAGGGUUCUAUUCAUUUAUCCUUUUAAAAUAUGUCAUCAACUUCAACUGUGUGAUAUGUGUUUCUCAUUUUCAUUAUCUUAUUAUUUAUGUAUGAUUCUUGUUUGAGCAGCCCAGGCAGGUUCUUCAAAAGGUUCCUUAUAUUUUCCACCAAUAGAUGGCAAAGAUAGUUAAUCUGGCUCCUUUUUGUGUGUGUGUUCUCUCUCUCUCUCCCCCUUCUGAAGGGGAAUUCUCCCUCUGGCUAUGGAUCUCAAUUAUGUAGAUCUUGUAUGCUAGAUGGUUUUCAAGCAAGUGAAUUAACCUUCAGUUGAUACUCUGUGUGUGUGUGCGUGUGUGUGUUUGUGUGGAGAGAGUAAUUUUAUUAUUUUAAACUAAAUAAAAUUAAAUUUUGUUGCAAUAUUUUUGUUAUCGAAAGCAUUAUCAAUUAAAUAGCGUCGCUAACAUCAAAAGUGAUGGAGUCCCAAAUAUGCUGGAAAGAUUUGGAGGUGGAGGACCAUUUUCUGAGAUUGCGCUCCAUCCAUAUAUGGCUAAUUGCUAGCGCCAAAGGCAAGCUUACCCACCACAUCACAUUGACUUAACAGCAAAUGACAAAGCCACCCAGAUCCAUUCCUUGGUGAAAAGGAAGAAUCCUCUGAGACCUUGGCUUUCACUAUUGUUGGAUGUGAUGACCGUGAUAUAAGCACAACUAACUUUCACUGGUGGUGGAUGUGAUGACUGUGAUCUGCUGGUUGGGGUUGGGUUGAUCUGCAUCUGGGGAUGGGCAUGCAUUGGUGAUGCAAUUAGCUAGUUUUAGCCAUCUUCUCUAACAACAACAACAAACAUAACCUUAUCCCAACUAAAUGGGGUCGGCUACAUGAAUCCAAUAUGAAAAGUGAAUAGGGACUAAGAGAAGCAGAUAAGGUAGAAAUCAAAGAUGCAUCACAUGAACAUCCCUUAGAUGGGGUCUGCUUCCCGGAUCCUUGUCCUCCACAAAACUCUAUCCAUGGUCAUACUAGAAUGAAGCCCCACCUUAUGCAUGUUUUUUCUUACCACUUCAUUAAUAGUCAUUUUAGGCCAACCCCUACCUCUUUUGGCUCCCUCCAAAUGAAUUUGCUCAAUCUUCCUUACUGGAGCAUCUAUAGGUCUCCAUUGCGUAUGACCAUACCAUCUCAACCGGUUCUUGUGGAGUUUGUCCUGGAUUGGUGCAACCCCCAACUUGAUUCUUAUACAAUCAUUCCUUACUCUAUCUCUUCUGGUCUUGCCGCACAGUCCUCUUAGCAUUCUCAUCUCAGCUACGUUCAGUUUGGUCAAAUCACCCUUUUUAAUUGCCCAACACCCUGCUCCAUAUCUCAUAGCUGGUCGUACUACUGUCCUAUAGAAUUUUCCCUUAAGUUUAGUGGGCAUUCUUUUGUCACAUAGGACUCCUGACGCACCUCUCCAUUUCGUCCAUUCCACUUUAAUUUUGUGGGCAACAUCAUCCUUUAUGUCCCCCUCUUUGUUAAACAUCAUCCUUUUUUAGCCAUCUUCUUCCUUUCUCUAUUAUUCCCUAUGCUUGUAAAGAGAGUUGUUAGUGGUAAUGGUUAAUGGUAGGUGAAAAAGUGUUUUUAAACACAAGUCCAUGAUAUCCAUCCUUUCAUAUUGACCAAUUUGUCCACUUUUUGCAUCCACUGCAUGUUAUAUGUGGUGUUUGAUUUUCUUGUAGGUGUCCUUGUGCUUUCUAUCUUCAUAUGCUUUACAAGCCUUUUUUAACUUGCUUGUGUAACUUUCUUCUCCACCUCAUGUUACAUAUUUUUCUAUCAUCCUAGAAAUGAAAAAUGUUGUAAAUUGUGAAGGCAACUGUAGAUGAUGGCCUCGUAGCUCAUGGGAUUUCCUAGAUGGUCACUCGUGGCAAGGUUUAAGAUUUCUCUCUCGCCCCCCCAUCUUGCUAAUCCAAAAAAGAGAGAUCUGGCGAGAUCUUGCUGAGGUCGUGUAUUUUUUCACAGUCGUCUUGGUGGCCAUAUGGUCUUUGUAUUCCCUGAAACUAGGCAUCUUGGUAAAAGUCAUUGAACAGAAUUUCUCUCAUGGCAAUAGAUCUUGAGCAACCUUCAGGUGAACGAGAUACAGACGAUGUUAAACCAAAUAUGGAUGGACAGAUGGUCCUGAUGGAUGGGGGAGAUGAUGUGGAUGUGAAUUCUCCUGAAAUGGAAUCUGCUGUUAUUAAAGGAGAUACAAUGUUAGAACCCCGUGUAGGUAUGGAAUUUGAAUCAAAUGGCGAAGCGUAUUCAUUUUAUAGAGAAUAUGCUAGGGUAAUAGGGUUUGGCACCUCAAUAAAAAACAGCCGUCGUUCAAAGAUAUCUGGGGAAUUCAUUGAUGCCAAAUUUGCAUGCUCUAGGUAUGGAACAAAGCAUGAGUCUAGUAAGGUCAUUAAUCCACGACCUUGUUUAAAGACCGACUGCAAGGCAAGCAUGCAUGUGAAGAGAAAACAGGAUGGGAAAUGGGUUGUCCAUGAUUUUAUAAAGGAACAUAAUCAUGACCUUUUGCCAGCCCAAGCACAUUUCUUCCGCAGUCAUAGGAGUAUAAAUAUUGAUGCUUUAUAUGCUAUCAAACGGAGAAGGAAGCUGUAUUCUGAGAUAUCUAAGCAAUCUGGUGGAUUACAGAAUGUUGGUUAUCUAAAUAAUGAAUUCAUAAAUCAAUUCCAUGAUGGACUACAUUUGGAUUUAGAGGUGGGAGAUGUACAGGCUAUGCUUGAGCACUUUAUGGAUAUGCAGGAUGAGAACUCCAAUUUCUUCUAUGCUAUGGAUUUAAAUGAAGAACAUCGUCUAAGGACUGUGUUUUGGGUAGAUGCCAAAGGUAGACAUGAUUAUAUCAAUUUUGGUGAUGUAGUUUCCUUUGAUACUACAUAUGUCACAAACAAAUAUAAAAUGCCAUUGGCUCCUUUUGUUGGAGUUAACCAUCACUUUCAAUGUGUAUUGCUUGGGUGUGCAUUGAUUGCAGAUGACACUGUAUCGACUUAUGUUUGGUUAAUGCGUACAUGGCUUAGAGCGAUGGGUGGUCGAGCUCCAAGUGUGAUAAUUACUGACCAAGAUAAAGCCUUGAAAGCAGCUAUUGCAGAGGUUUUCCCAAGCACACGGCAUUGUUUUGGUUUAUGGCAUAUUAUCAGGAAGAUCCCUGAAAAGCUUGGUAAUGUAACCAAACAACGUGAAAAUUUUGUAACAAAAUUUAAUAAAUGCAUUUUUAAGUCAUGGACUGAUGAACAGUUUGAAAAGCGGUGGUGGAAAAUGGUUGACAGGUUUGAACUUAAAGAGGAUGAGUGGAUCCAGUCAUUAUAUGAAGAUCGUAUACAGUGGGUUCCAACUUAUAUGGGAAAUGCAUUUUUGGCUGGAAUGUGUACAGCUCAACGAUCUGAAACUGUAAACUCCUACUUUGACAAGUACAUUCACAGGAAGACGACAUUGAAAGAGUUUGUGGAACUGUAUAUAUCAAUACUAGAAGAUAGAUACGAAGAGGAAGCAAAAGCAGAUUUGGAUACAUGGCAGAAGUUGCCUGUGCUAAAAUCUCCAUCACCUUUUGAGAAACAAAUGUCAACAGUAUACACACAUGCAAUAUUUAAGAAAUUCCAAGUUGAGGUUUUGGGUGCAAUUGCAUGUCAUCCCAAGAAAGAAAAAGAAGAUGAGUCAACCAUUACUUUUAGAGUCCAAGAUUUUGAAGACAAUCAGGAUUUCAUUGUGGAAUGGAAUGAACCGAAGUCAGAUAUCUCUUGUUUGUGUCGUUCUUUUGAAUAUAAAGGUUUCCUCUGUAGACAUGCUAUGAUUGUUCUCCAAAUAUCUGGUGUAUCCAGUAUCCCGUCUCACUAUAUACUGAAGCGGUGGACAAAGGAUGCGAAAAGCAGGUAUACCAUGAGACAGGGUUUAGAAGGUGAACAAUCAAGGGUGCAGCGUUACAAUGAUCUAUGUCAACGGGCCAUUAAGUUGGGUGAAGAAGGGUCAUUAUCUCAAGAGAGUUAUAAUAUUGCAUUUCGUGCAUUAGAUGAGGCUUUGAAACAGUGUGUGAGUGUGAAUAGCUCCAUUCAUAAUGGUUCAGAUCCCAGCAUGCCUGCAACAUAUGGUCAUCAGGACAUUGAAGAAAAUGACAGUGACAAUAGGCUUUCUAUGCUAAGGAUGCUUGAGCCUCAAGGAGCUAGGUCAACUAAAAAAAAGAAUACAAACAAAAAGAGAAAGGUACAGCCAGAGCCAAAAGUAACAAGCGUUCAAAAUGUUGGGACACAAAACAAUUUGCAACAGAUGGGUUUGAACUCAAGGGCACCGGCAUUAGGUGGUUCUUUUGUUCCUCAACAGAGCAUUCAAGGGAUGGAACAACUAAACUCAAGAGCACCAGUCUAUAAUGGUUAUGGAACUCAACGUAAUGUGCAAAGGAUGGGACGAUUGAACUCUGUAGCACCAACCCGUGAAGGUUAUUAUGGCAAUCAACAGAACAUGCAUGGGCUGGGACAGUUGAAUUCAAUAGCACCAACAGGUGAUAGUUACUAUGGUACUCAACAGAGCAUGCAGGGAAUGGGACAGCUGGACUUCAGGUCACCAACGAUCGACAGUUGUUAUUGCAUUCAAGAGACUCUGCAGGAUAUGGGAGAAUCAAAUGUGGGACCUUCACAGUUGCAUGGUAUGACAUCAAGACAUCUACAUGACAAGCACCUUUCUAACUGAAACUGUAGUGGUCUUAUGAAGGUUGGGGCAGAUGAAUGUUAAAACCGAAAUGAUGAAAGCAAUAGAAUUCCUUUUCUUCGUUAUGGAUGACAAGAUUACAAUGAGUGCCUCCUUAAUGUGUCCCUGGGACUUUCUGCUGAUUUGCUUGCAGUUGAUAUCGAAAGCCGAGCAAAUUAGAUAUUAGAUGAGGUCUGAUCUCAGUUUGCUUAGGGUAUGUGAACAUAUGUUAUGUUGUAGACUUGCAUCUCUCAAUGUGCAUAUAGUUGUGUAAAUUGACCUAGAUUAUCCGUGAGUAUAAAUGCUAACCAAUAAUGUAUGUUUAAUGAAUAUGUAUGCAUAUCCAAUUUGUAAAAACUAGUUUGUAUCUGUUUUUAUUGAACUGCCAAUGAGGAUUGGUUUCUUGGUUUAA